AUGCCAACAGUAAUCCGCCCUUUAAGUAUAGUCGAACGACUUUAUAUUAUGCGCCAAAAUGUUCUACAUAAUCAUAAUCUCGCAUUCGUAAUAAAAUUUAGAUGGGAUGAAUUCUACAAUAUGAACUCAAAUAGAAACUUUCAUAUUUCCGAUUCUACCAAACCUUCUUUAUACCCUAAUAUAAAAAACUUGAACACUGAAUCAAAAAGAUUGAUUUUACAAAUUCUUUAUCCUACUCUCCAAACUCUUCUCACAAAACUUCCAUCAUUAUCUGUCUCCAUUAGAGAUGCGAAAUCAUCUAAUCCAUUAUUCUUACAACUUGAUGAAUUAUAUUUAACAAGUCUCAUCAAAUUUGUUCCUAUUUCUUCCGAAGGUGAUUUGGAAAAACUUAUAGAGAGACAACAUGAUUUAAAAUUCAGCAUAGAUGAUGAGACGAAACCACUUUGGAGAAUUGUGGUCGGCAUCACCAAUCUUCAAAAAUCAACUGAAAGACCGGAAUAUGAUUUUU